AGUGAUCACUCUCCAGCUUUUCCCCACCUUCCUAGUUAACCACAGCACAAUAAACCUGUAAUAAUGUCCCACACUCUACCGUCUCAAAAUCUCUGAGCUUUUCUAACCUAUAUAUGUCACUCCAUCCAAUGACCUGAUUCUCGAUCCCUUCUCCCUUUUCUUUAUCUUUUCACAACUGUGGAGCAGAGCACAAGAAACCAUUAAAAAAAACCAACCCCAAAUCCCACACCACACCACAGUGACCACACUUUCUUUCUCCUCCUACAUUGGUCACUAACCAGCCCAAAGAUCCAACCUUUAUGCUCCCACAGCAUAAGCCCCAUUUCUUUUCUCAUAGCUUCCACUUUAGCUCACCGACAAUGGGUCUCGCUCCUCUGCUCCUUCUCUGCUUCUUCUUCUCCAUUUCCAGCGCAGAGUUCUCAGCCAAGGUGGGCGUGUGCUACGGUCAGCUAGGCAACAACCUCCCAACUCCGCCGCAAUCCGUCAAGCUCAUCCAAACCCUGAAAGCAAAGCGAGUCAAGCUCUACGAUGCCACACCCAAAAUCCUCAAAGCUCUACAAAACAAAGACAUUCAAGUCUCCAUUAUGGUGCCCAACGAGCUCAUCAACAACAUCUCCUCCAACCAAACCCUCGCCAACCAAUGGGUCCUCGAGAAAGUCGUCCCCUUCUACCCCAAAACCCUAAUCCGGUACCUCCUCGUCGGAAACGAGAUCCUCUCCGGCUGGCAGGACAAGUCCAUGUGGCCCAAUCUGGUUCCGGCAAUGCGGAAGAUGAAGCUCGCUCUGAAAAUCCACGGCAUCUCCAAAGUCAAAGUCGGCACUCCUUCCGCCAUGGACGUCCUCGAGUCCUCGUUCCCGCCGUCCAACGGUACUUUCCGGUCGGACAUCUCCGUCUCCGUCAUUAAACCAAUGUUGAAGUUUCUCUUCAAAACCAAGUCGUUCUUCUUUAUUGAUGUCUAUACGUUCUUCCCUUGGGCCUCCGACCCGACCAACAUCGAUCUGGACUACGCUCUGCUCGGGUCGACCAACGUGACGUAUACGGAUCCGGGUACGGGUCUGACGUACCACAACCUGUUUGAUCAGAUGGUGGACGCCAUGAUUUUCGCGAUGAAGCGGCUCGGGUACCCGGAUAUCCGGGUCUGGAUCGCCGAAACGGGUUGGCCCAGCGGCGGAGACUUCGACCAGAUUGGCGCCAACAUCCACAACGCCGCGACUUACAACCGCAACGUCAUCAAAAAAUUCACGGCCAAACCGCCGGUCGGGACUCCGGCCCGACCCGGCGUGGUGCUCCCGAGCUUCAUCUUCGCUCUGUACAACGAGAACACCAAACCGGGUCAGGGUACGGAGCGGAAUUUCGGGUUGUUGUACCCGAACGGGUCGAAUGUGUAUGAGAUUGAUUUGACCGGGAGGACGCCGGAAUCGGAAUUCAAGGCGUUGCCGCCGGCGAUGAAUAAUAAGCCGUAUCCGGGGCCGAUAUGGUGCUUGGUGAAGGAGGGAGCUAAUAAGACUGCGGUUGCAGAGGCGUUGUCGUACGCUUGCUCGCAGGGGAAUAAAACUUGUGACCCGAUUCAACCCGGAGGGAAGUGCUUUAAGCCCAAUACAUUGGCCCAACAUGCGAGCUAUGCGUUUAGUGCGUACUGGGCGCAGUUUAGGAAGGCUGGUGGGAGCUGUGACUUUGGUGGUCUUGCUGUUCAAACCAUCAAGGAUCCAAGUUAUGGAUCAUGCAAGUACAUGAGUGCUAAGCUUCCAGUUUAGAAGGUGUACAAUGGCGGUGCAUUGCUGUCUCGUCCUCCCUCUAAAACUAGCUGAAUAAGCUGCUGCCAUUUGUUUCGUGGACUGAUUACUUUGGCUCACUCUACUCUUGAUAUUUAUCUAUUUAAGAGCAAUCAGAAGAUUUAUAGAGAGUCUUAUCUAGGCUUUAGAAAUCUCCAGUUUUCCCACAGUUCACCAUUUUCAUUCUAAAAGGAGUGCCUUUAGUAAUUAGAAAAUUGGUUUUCAAAUCCACAUUCUGAUGCUUUUCCAUUGCCUUUUUGCUGUGCACCGUUUUUGGCACCUCCUUUUAGUCCAUACAGUCUUCUUUUAACAGAUAUAUGUAUCUGAAGCUACAAUCAGUCCAUCACUAUGAAUGACCAGAUAUUUACAUUGUUG